GAUAGGACAAGCACAACUUCUCAUCUCUCGGAUCUCCGUUUUCUAGUAUCUAGGGCACCAAGCGACCCUUCCAUUUCCCCCCUCUUCAAGUCCCCAAGGAGGCAGCUUUUGCUUAUCAACUUCGACAUUCCCGCAAAUUCCUCGCCCAGGUCAACUUCCUCACAAGCGAACCAAUAUGUCUUCUGCCGUAAAUGAACUUGCCGACAACAUGGCCUCCAUCUCCAUCAACGAGGCCAACGGUGCCGCCCAGGCUGCUGCCAACCCUGACCCGUCCGCCGUCAGCGCAGACGAGGGCCGCCGUUUGUACAUUGGGAACCUCGCUUAUGCGACCACCGAGGGGGAACUCAAGGACUUCUUCCAGGGCUUCAAUGUCGAGAGCACCUCAAUCCCUGUGAACCCUCGCACUGAUCGCCCUGUUGGUUAUGCCUUUGUUGACCUUGCCACCGCUCAAGAAGCUCAGGAUGCUAUUGCAGCCCUGACUGGCAAGGAAAUCCUCGAGCCUGAAGGAGCUCUUUGCUGCUACGAGCCUACCUCUGCCAAGAUCGCCCUCCGCCCUAUCCCCCACUUCAUGGUCAAGAAGCUCCAGGCCCGUGGUGAGGCCCGCAAGGGCCGUGGCUUCGGUUUCGUCACCCUCGGAUCCGAAGCACUCAAGAGAUGGCCGUCCAGGAGAUGCACGGCAAGGAUGUCAACGGUCGUGAGAUCGCCGUCAAGGUCGCCAUCGACAGCCCCGGAAAAGAAGACGAAGUCCUUGAAGGUCAAGCUGAAGAAGGACAGGUUGAGGCUGCCGCUGACACGACCAUUGCUUAAAUUCAUUCACCAAAAACAGUCACUCUUCGAACAACUCAGGGAGGUCCAUCAGUCUUUUGUGACAGUAGACUGGAUGAGUAUUUGGAAGUAUUCGGCAUUCUUUACUUGA